AGGGCUCAGGCUCCAGAGCUAGGGGCCGCAGUGAGCCGCCAUGGCGCGAAGGCGAGCAGCCGGUGUGGCGCUUUUGGCCUUCUGUGUCAUGAGCGAUUGGCCAAGGCCUGGCUUCGUCCAAAGCUCCCGCAGCCAAAGCCGGAGCCCCGGCGGCGCCGCCCGCCGGGCGGUUGGCCUGGAAUUCUUACGGGAGCCCCUGGAGGCCUAUGCCGCGGCUCGGGUGGCAGAUUCCCCCUUCCUGGCGGAGGCUCCGGAGGCGGCGCUGCACUGGGGCCAUGCUGCCGCCAUGGCAUCCGUGUACCCACAACUGCUCUUUGGCGCCUUCCUGGGAUGGCAGAUCCGCACGGGCAAAGGGGAGGAGACCACGCCACUGUCCCUGGGACUUUCUUCCAAGACGCUGCAUCCACUGCUGAGCCUCGGUGCUUUUCUCUUCUUCCUGAUCGGAGGACAAGGUGGCUUGGUGCUGCUCACUGCGCAGAAGCAGACGAUUCUGGACUCCCCACAUGCUGUGACAGCACUGCUCGGACUGUCGCUUCUGGCGGUGCAAGCAGCGCUCCCCCUCUUCUUUCAGAGCCGAGAGCUCCGAUCAGUGCACGCCUUCCUAGGAAGCUCCAUUGUGCUGCUGAUGAUCCUUCACGCUGGCUUCGGCGUCCUGCUGGGCUUAAGCUUUUGAGGCUGUUAGAGAAGCCUCCGGAUUGACAGGGCUACUCGGACCUCAUGCGAUUGGCAAAACAAACAGGACAUCCCUUGCUGAGCUUCUUCAAUAUUUUUCACGGGCCGUAGGGAAGCUUUGACAGACCUUGAAAGGUCAGUGGACGGCAAAUCGGGCCAGAACCUGCCCAAAGUUGAUACGUGAGCCCGGCAGAGCCUGGUGGUGUAGUGGAAAGUCACUGCUCGCGCAUUCGCUCGGAUCGGCAAAACCGAUGAAGACGCAAGUGAUCA